UAAAUAGACAAAUCUCUCAUUAAUGCGUCAUUUGAUUUCUCCAUUUCCACCUUUAACGUUUCAAACGGGGCGGCCUCUCAUAGAAAGUAGGUAGAGGGUGAGAGUCGCGAAAUUUUGAAUUUGAUAAGUUCUCUCCUGCUCAAGUUGAUAGAAAAUGGCCGAUGCAGAGGAUAUUCAGCCACUCGUCUGCGACAAUGGAACCGGAAUGGUGAAGGCAGGAUUUGCUGGUGAUGAUGCUCCCAGAGCUGUUUUUCCUAGUAUUGUGGGUAGGCCCCGGCACACUGGUGUGAUGGUCGGGAUGGGACAGAAAGAUGCUUAUGUGGGUGAUGAAGCUCAAUCUAAGAGAGGUAUCUUGACCUUGAAAUAUCCCAUUGAGCACGGUAUAGUUAGCAACUGGGAUGACAUGGAAAAAAUUUGGCAUCACACUUUCUACAACGAGCUGCGUGUUGCUCCUGAGGAGCACCCUGUGCUUCUCACCGAGGCACCACUCAACCCCAAGGCCAACAGAGAGAAGAUGACCCAAAUCAUGUUUGAGACCUUCAAUGUUCCUGCAAUGUAUGUUGCUAUUCAGGCUGUUCUCUCUCUCUAUGCUAGUGGCCGUACAACUGGUAUUGUGCUGGAUUCGGGUGAUGGUGUAAGCCACACUGUGCCCAUUUAUGAGGGGUAUGCUCUUCCCCAUGCCAUCCUUCGUCUGGACCUUGCUGGUCGGGAUCUUACAGACUAUCUCAUGAAGAUCCUCACUGAAAGAGGUUACAUGUUUACCACCUCAGCCGAAAGGGAAAUUGUCCGUGACGUGAAGGAGAAGCUUGCUUAUGUCGCUCUUGACUAUGAGCAGGAUCUUGAGACUGCCAAGAGCAGCUCAUCUGUCGAGAAGAACUAUGAAUUGCCUGAUGGACAGGUUAUUACUAUUGGGGCCGAGAGAUUCCGUUGCCCAGAAGUCCUCUUCCAACCUUCUUUGAUUGGUAUGGAAUCGGCUGGAAUCCAUGAGACUACCUACAACUCAAUAAUGAAGUGUGAUGUUGAUAUCAGAAAGGAUCUCUAUGGUAACAUUGUACUCAGCGGUGGUUCAACUAUGUUUCCUGGUAUUGCUGACCGUAUGAGCAAAGAAAUCACUGCCUUGGCUCCCAGCAGCAUGAAGAUCAAGGUCGUUGCCCCACCAGAGAGAAAAUACAGUGUCUGGAUUGGAGGAUCAAUUCUCGCAUCUCUCAGCACUUUCCAACAGAUGUGGAUUUCAAAGGGUGAAUAUGAUGAGUCUGGUCCAUCUAUUGUCCACAGGAAGUGCUUCUAAUCUGCCUUCAGGGAAACUUCACCUUUUUACCUCUUAAAUUGGCUUUUCAUGUAAUGUUUCAAGCAAAUUUGGUCAAGAAAUUUUGAAGUUGGGUUGCAGAAAGAUUGUAUAAUUUGAUUCAGAUAUAUGUUUAUGUUUCAACUCAUGGGCUCAUGCUCUUGUUAAUCUAUAAUUGACAAGAAUGAAACGACCUUUCCUUGUUGCGUUGUGGUUUAGAUGUGUCACAUUAAUAGGUCAUAUAUUUGUAGUUUGAGAGUGAUUGUAAUGUUUCCUGCUUAACCUUUUCCUUUCCUUUCCCGUAUAUUUCAUAUUUUCGAAGUCCUUCCUGGGAACAGUAUUGUUAAUAUUUGUUUUAUGAGAGUUUGCAUCCCUACAUCAAA